CGUCGCAUCACCGAGAUUCGCGAACAGCGCUGCCCUGCAGUUGUGGUUGGCUUCAGCUGGCGCGUUUUACGGACAAAAUUGCUGAGAUUAAUCACCAGAAUAUAGACCGGAUAUCUAAUACUGGCAAGAACCGUUACCGAUUUUGCGCACGUUAUUUGGCAGCGCAGUGCUGCGCUCAGCGCGCCAACAUGGCACCGACCAAACCAGCCGUCGAGCAUACGGUCGACCGGACGCCCGAAUAUGAGAAGUUCAUUGAGGACUUGCGCGCCUUCCACGAGAAGCGCGGCACAAAUUUUGACCCCGAACCGAAGAUGGGCAAUUUCACCGUCGACUUGCUCAAGCUCUUUAAAUACAUUGUCGGCCAUGGCGGCUACGACAAGGUGUCGGACGAGAAGCUGAUGUGGAGGAAGAUGUGCGAAGGUUUGGGCCUGAUGCGGCAUAAUGCCCCGGCCGAUGCCUACACCCUCAAACAAAUCUUUUACAAGAACCUGGCUGCAUACGAGAUCAAGACGAUUCACAACAAGGAACCUCCUCCGCCCGAGAUUCUCGAAUUUACCACAGCCAAGGGAGGCUCGCUCCUGACUCGGACACUGGAAACGUUCCAGGCCAAGUCCAAGGCCGAUAGAGAAGGAUCGACUGAAGACGGCACGCCGAGCAGGGAGCGCCGUGCCGAAGAGACCCCCACUUCAUCUGGCCGGGCCUCUCGCGGCUUGAGAGAGGCACCAGCUCCGAGAGUUAUCUUUCACCCCGAUACCAACCCAUCGCGGCAGAGCCGCCAUGCGUCGGGCCAACAAUCCGGCGCGUCCGGCUCAGCGGCGCACUCUCAAUCACAGAGUCAAGGGCAGCAGAUCACUCAGUCGCAUGUCAAUACGCCGAUUGCGAUGCAUCACAAUCACCAACACCCCUCCGGUCGUGGGGGACAUUCCAUCAGCUACAACCCCCCCGAUAUGAGCAAUCCUCUGGUCAAUGAUUAUCAGCUGCAACCUCCUCCACAAGUGCCGCUGCGCAUCGUCGAUACACCCGCCAGCAACCCGGAUCUAUUCGCGAGGAAGCAGCGGCUCCUCCGGCAUCCGGCAGCCCCAGCGCCUAACCCGGGAGCCCUAGUGCGUGCAUCCGUUCCUCCGGGGACACUCGACGGGCCGAAUAUAUACGAGAGGUGCUUGUUGUCGCUCCGCUCUGGAAUCGAAGCGGAGCAGGCUUUUGCUCUAAACCAUCUCGUCAAGAUAUCCUACGAGCGUGGUGAUAAGUACAAGUUCUCGCAGUUCAGCGGCCUGGCCGAGGGUUUGACCGAAUUCGCACUGGGUGUCGGGAGCAUGUUCUACCACAUCGAGUGGACCAUUUCGAACGAUCCGUAUUAUGACGGUGGCGAAAUUGGCGAGCUCGAUGGUAUCAAUGGCACAGACGACAUCCUCGAGAGGAUUGCCCAGCUGAGCCGGAAGGAUGUCCAAGACACUUUCCAGUCUGCCGAGUUCAGUGACAGGCUGAUGCUGGUUACCGAGGCCGUCCUGACCAUUAGGAACAUGGUCAUGCUGCCCGAAAACGCGUGGUACAUCGCCGAGUACCCGCCCGUCAAGGAUCUUCUCUGCAUUCUCCUUCAUCUUCCGUCGCUGGAAAUUGUGGUCGAGUUGAAGCACUGCGCUCUCGACAUCGCGGAACAAAUCACCCCAUACCUGGUGCUCGACUCCGACGACCCGCUGUACAAGACAUUGCUUGCACAGCUCUCGUCGUCGGACCGCGGCAUCAUUCUCACCUCUCUCCGGGCGAUUGGCCGCAUUGCCAUGAACCAUCCUACCGAAACCAACAAGCUGGGUGGGGUCUCGCCUGCUACCCUGCAGCGCAUCUUGGACUGGCUCCUGCUCAACGACGAUGAGCUGUUGGACGCCUGCCUGGACUUUCUUUACCAGUACACAGCCGUUGUGCCCAAUCUAGACGUGAUGCUGGAGGGUACGAGCGUCGAGCAGCUGGUAGUGCAUCUCGUCCGCCUGCUUUCCCAUGGAGCUAAGCGCUCCAACCGAGAGGUGGUCGUCAGCGAAGCGCAUAUCGCGUACGAGCCCGUAUCUAAUGAAUACGUCCCUCCGAUCCCCAAGGACCUGCAAGAGCGUCUACUCGCCAUGGAGGAACCCGAGCGCUGCUUCGCCUGGCUUCGCUGCAUGUUCGAGGAGGACCCUGACGCUCAGAUCACGCAAAUUGCCAUCUGGCAGGCAUACAACGCGGCAUUCCUCGAGCCGGUCAAGCGGAUGGGGCGCGCCAUGAUUAACGCGCCCGAGUUUAUCCGGCACAUCAGCACCGUCCACCAAAAUGCCAACGCCCAGGUGGUCCGAGAGGGCACCAACGGAGAGAUACAGAAGUUCAUCAUGCGUGGCAUCCGCUCCCGCACCUACCCCAUCAACACCGAUGGCCGCGGCUACUUCAUGUGCAAAUGGUACCGCGCGCCGGGCGACCCCCUCAAGUGCGGGAGAUGGAACCUGACGGCCGAGACAAUGUGGCAACACAUCCUCAUCGACCACCUGUGUGAAGCCCCCGGCGAAGAUGGCAAGUUCCACAACCGCGAAUCGCCGCUCAUAUGCCUCUGGGACGGCUGCACUAAGUACCCUAAGCCGGUCAAGCUGCAGCUGGCUCAGUUCAUGACGCACAUCAAGACACAUCUCAGGGCAGAGGAAGCCCUUCGCCGGGCCUCCACCGGUACCGCCGCCGACGCGCCGACAUCGUUAUCGUCAUCAACCCCUUCCAAGCGCGGCUCUCUUUCUGGGAGUGGAAGCGGUGGCAGCAAACCGCGGGUCAUCAAGCCCGCCAAGACCAUUACGCUCACGUACGAGGAGACGGCUUCGGCCCGUGACGAGCGCAACCCCAAUGCGCCGCCGCAGGCGGCUGGGAUCCCGCUGUCGGCGGUGCUGAUUCUGAGGAACAUCGCGCGGAAUGUGGUCAAGACGCGGGCGGAGGAGAGGUUUGUCAAGGGGAGCGGCGGCGGUGCGGAUGACGGUACGCAACAGGAAGGUGGUGCUGGUGGUGAGCAGCAGCAGCAGCAGCAGGGUGGGGAGCAGAGCAGGGGAGAGCAAGGCGGGUGGAAUGAGCGGCUGUUUCGGCCGGUCCUGCCCCGCCUGUGGGAGGUGUUCACCGAGAAUCGGUUGCUGGCGCCGUAUGUCACGAGCCUUUUCCAGCUGCUUGAGAGGAACAAGGAGGAGUUUGUUUUUGAGCGGUAGUCGUUUGUACGAAUAUGACGGACGGGGGCAUCAUCCCUUUCUUUUGACUCGCUUGGUCCGGUUUAAUGGUCAAGAAUGGGUUAUUUGGGGGUGGUGGUUGUUAUGGGGUUGGUCUGGUUGGAUUCUGGCUCGCGGGGAUUCGCCCCCGGUCAGGGUCUGGACAGCGGGUUAUUUUCCCCAUGGCUUUAUCUCACGAGAGAUGCAUCAGCUUGUCCUUUUCUCUCCAAAAUCGAGGCGGUUGGAUCAUGCAGAUUGCAGAGGACAAACGGACACUCGUGCAACAGGGAGGGAAGGAAAGAGGAAAGAGGGCGGCUUGAGCGGAAUGCACGGCUGUUGGUGCAGUGUCGGUUUUAGACGAUGAUGUAUGUACUUAUGUGAUAGUAAUACCCUUCCCCUUGACCGACGUUGUCAGGGUUCAAGAGCGGAUUGAUUGAUGAGUCUGGACGGCAUAUCAUGAUGG